AUGCGGCUGCGCCGCAAAGCUGGGGCGGCGCCAGUCCUGCCACCUGCUGUGCUCCCCUGCCGCGGGGCUGCACCAGGGCGAGGUGCCGGGGAGGGGGAGACCGACGCAGGGGAGGUCGAAGAGGCCGUGGCAGGAGGCGACGGCGAGGAGGGCGGAGUCGGCGGAGCAUGCGAGGUCACUGUCAAUGGUAUUGUGCUGGGAGUAACAAGGGAAGGAUCAGACGUCCUUAUCAGCACAUUAUUAGUGCUUCAUCUAACUACCCUGCAACUAUUUUAA